UUGGCUGUUACGUGAACGCGCUGAAGCCUCUCAGAGUGAAACGUGCAGCCGUUCAUUCUCAGUGUUGCUCUCUCUUUCUCUCUCUCUCUCUCUCUCUCUCUCUCUCCUGCUCAGUGACUCAAAGAGACUCUCUCACACUGGUCCAUGAGGAGUGACCCCGCAGGGAUGCUCGUUCUACUGCCCAGCGAGUGACCGCACUGUUUGACUGAGCGUUUAGUGAGAAGCGGCUUUGGGGCACCUACGCUGGACUGCAGGCGGGACUCAGACAUGCUGGCUGCCGCUUUAACCCUCAUACUCGGAGUGGCGGCCGUGUUCUCGGCUCAGGACGUAUGCAAGUCAGGUCAGUACACGACCGGCGGGGAGUGCUGUAGGCAGUGCCAGCCUGGCGAGGGCAUGGUUAAGCCCUGUGGACAGACGCAGACGGAGUGUGAGCCGUGCCUGGACAGCGAAUCGUUCUCUGAGAACUUCAGCCACACGGAGCAGUGCCAGCCGUGCACACAGUGUGUGGGUCUGCUGCGAAUGGAGACGCCCUGCACGGACUCCAACGACGCCAUCUGUGUGUGCGACUAUGGCUACUUCCUGUCGACGAUGACGGGCCGGUGCGAGGCGUGCACUGUGUGCCCCCCGGGUCAGGGAGUACUAAUGCGCUGCGAGCCUGACCGGGACACUGUGUGCGAAAUAUGCCAGGAUGACACCUUCUCGGACCAGGACAGUACCCUGGAGCCCUGCCUGCCCUGCACCGUGUGCGAGGACCAGGCCGAGCUGGAGCACUGCAGCCCCAUGCGAGACACCAUCUGCCUGGGUGGGCCAGGGACAGCAGAUGGGAACCUUUCAAACCCCUCGAGCUCUCCUCUCUCACCGGUAGAGCUGUCCCCCAUCACCCUUACUGAUGACUUCACCCUGGACGAGCCAACAGAUAGGAUCAUGGAUAGCACGCCAACAGCCAAUCCCCAGGAGGUGAGACCGGGCCUCCGGCUUGGCGACAACCUCAUCCCCUUGUAUGUGUCCAUCCUGCCCGCUGUGGUGCUCGGUGUCGUGGCUUUCAUCAUCUUCAAACGGUGGAACAGCUGCAAACACAACAAACAGGACAGCAGCAACCGAUCAGGCACAGCCAACCCCAGCCAGACGCCCUCGCCCGAGGGAGAGAAGCUGCACAGCGACAGUGGCAUCUCAGUGGACAGCCAGAGCCUACAGGAGGGUCAGGGACUUCCACACACAGUGGUUAAGAUAGAUGGAGGCCUGCCGUUGACGUUGUCCUUGCACACGCGUGAGGAGGUGGAGAAACUGCUCAGCCACGGCUGCGACAGCGACGGACCGGGGGCCAUGGAGGAAACCGACUGGUGCAGUCUGGCUGGGCUGCUGGGAUACGAAGAGGAGCGCAUCGCCUCCUUCAGGCAGGAGGAAAGACCCAUCCAGGCCCUGCUGUCCGACUGGGCGAGUCAGGAUACGGCCAGCGUGGACACGCUGUGCACGGCGCUUAGGAAGAUCAACCGAGAAGAUAUCGCUCAGAGCAUCAUGCUGAAGCCCACCGCCACAUCUACUGUAUGAGGGAGAGGCGCACACACACACACACACACACACACACACACACACACACACACACACACACUUAUACUGCUAAAAGCCAUAUCCACUGCUCCAAAACACAGCCAUAGCCUCAUACCCUGAUGUGUACUGCGGUAUACAGCCCAUCAUGCUAACUCGCUAAAGUGUUAAUUCCAUGUGCCACAAGCCUCUUAAACCUGAACCAAGGCUGGACUUUUUGAAAUUACGUCAGUAUUUGCCACUUUUGUUUGCAUGUGCCAUUAGUUUUGACCCAACAAACCAACAAUGUCACGUUAGCUAACCCAUUAACCCCCUCAGGUUUGGUCCUGGAGGCCCACAGUCCAGCAAACUUGGGUGUUUUUUUCGCUCUGUCACCUGGUAAUUAAAUAAAGGUGUAACAGCACAAGAUAUCAUAUCAUAUUGCUUGAGACGAGGGUCUUGGUUUGGUGUGAGUCAAACAGUACUUUCAACAGAGUGGAGCAAGCAAUGUACUAGUCUGCUCUUGAGAGGCUCAACCGUCUAAUCUUUGUCCUUAUCGCCAGGAGAUCACAAAUUCAAUCCCCGGCGUUGCCACAGCCACCCAUAGCUGGCAGUACAAGGGAGCAUGAUUGCCCUUGAUCUCCUCCAUCACUCAGUGCGAUGCUAGCCAUCUGUAGGCAUCUGUUAGCUGACAUAACAGUUCCAAAUGUGCUGAGCUGCCCAGUGAGUGCAUGCUAGCCUUCACCCUCCCAACUUGCAUCGUGAAGCAACUAGCAGGUGGAAUCAGCCAUAAUUACAUUGGGCGAAAAUAAAAAUGAAAAAAUAAAGUCCAUAAAAAUACUCAAGUACUCAUUUUAAUACUGCGUACACAUGUUGGCUUCACCUCAGAAUCAAACACAAGGGAAGAAAAGCACACUGUUUGUAAUCUGGGUAGUUUGGGUCAGGGAUAACACGUUAGCUAGCCUGUUUGUUUAGGUGUAACACAUUAGACUGCAGCUAGCAUGUCAGCCUGGGUAGUGCAUUAGCCAUGAGCAGAGCUAAUAUAUUACACUGUAUUCAAGUGGUGUCUGAAACUUGGAAGGUUUUCCUAAUUUUCCCUUAAAUGGUUAACAAAGCUCUAUUUACAAGUGGGAAACUUCUGUGUGAUCUGUGUGUGUUUAUAUAUAGCAAAGAAAAAGCAGGAUGUGCAUUUUCUGGACCCCCAUGCUUUAAUUUUCUGUGUGGUGGGCUCCAACAAGCACCAGGCAGAGUGACACUGUAUUUACUAGCUAAACAUCUGAUAUAUACAGUCUUCCGAUGAGCACCAGAAUGCAGCAUUAGAUUGUAGCCAGCGCUUUAGCUUAGCGCUUGUGCAUUAGCUUGGCACUAGUGCGUUAGCUCAUGGCUAACUUAUUAGAUUGUUGUCAGCGCAUUAGCUUGGGGCUAGUGUGUUAGGUAAUGGGUAGCGUUUUAGCUCAUUGCUAGUGCAUUAAAUCAUGGUUAGUGUCAGCUUAUGACUAAUGUGUUAGCUCAGGGCUAGCGUGUUAGCUCAGGGCUAGCGUGUUAGCUCAGAGCUAGUGCAUUAAAUCAUGGUUAGUGUUAGCUUGUGACUGUGUUAGCUCAGGGCUAGUGCAUUAGCUCACAGUGGCAAUAGCAGAAUCAUUUCUCUGCCUUCUCAUUUAGUGGAACUAGAAGAAAACAGUACAGCUCAGGAUUGUGUUGUUAAGCUAAUAUGACAUUUCAUAUUUUUCCCUGUUUUGUUUUUUCUAUCACACCACACCACGCCUGAUUUCAUUUCAUUACAUUACAUUAAAAAAGUACAGCACUAGUUUAGUGUUCAUGCUGCUAGAAUACCAGUUUGAAUGGAUCAAAUUCCACUUGUGCCAUUCUAAAAUCUCAAACAGUGCACUUUUAUAGUGUUGGUUGCUCUAAUACUGCCAUAUUAACAAUACCAUAUUUAGAGCACAUUUCUAGGCACCUAUUAUUUCUGUGGUAUUGAUGUGCUGAAUCAAGGCACCGCCAUAUCAAACCAAAUUAAAAAUGUCGUGAAUCAAGCUGGAAAUUCAUCAAACUGCUCUUGACUCUGGACCCUCCAGGCCUGAAACUGAGGAUCUUUCAUUUCUGUCUCCUGCUUAUUGACAGCACAAACCUGCAUUACCCAGUAACUCAUUUCCAUACAGCAUAUAAAUGUUCAUUACCAUCUCCAGUACAGUAUUUAACCCAUCGACACUCUGCUCAUCCCAAAGAGCUUACAUGUCAGUUUGUGGCAAAGCUUGACGCUUCUCAGACAGCUUUGUGGUCAAAAACAGUCUUCUCUUUCAGUAACUCUUCGUCAUCCAUCAUAAUCGUUCUCUCCAGUGUACAAGCUUGUGUUACUCUGUCUUCUCACGGAAGAUUCUGAGGGUUGUAUAUUCUGUAAAAUAUACCGUAGAGAUGCAAAUGGUUAUUAGAUGACAUUGCCUGGAGGCUAAGAGACUGGCCCCACAGCUAUGAAGCUAUGAUGAACUUCACGGGAGAAGCUCUAAACUCUAGGAGAGAGACUCUGUAGAGGGAGAGUGUGUGAAGGAGGAAAAGAGAGAGAAUCGCAUGUGUGAUAAUGCUAAUAGGUUUAUAUCCCUUUGGUACGUUGCCAUGCUAAUGCCUUCAUUAUCCACAACCAAAACCACAACAUCUACAUCGCAUCACCACAGCUGCGAAUAUUAUCUUUAUCAAUAUUAGUCUGUACCCCUUAAUUGCAUUCAUUUUGAAAAACACAUGAUUUUAUUUUAAUGAUUUUUCUUAUUGACAAUAGCAUAAUUAGUAGAAACAUUAAAGAAAAGGUAAAACAUUAUUUUGGGGGUAUUUUGCAUUUUGUUGCCAUAUGGCAACAGCAUGUGGCAGUGCAGCAAGCUGCAAUGUAUAUAAUGGGAGGAAACCAGUUCACUGCCAAUAGACAAAUUCAUCAUCCACGAAAAAACUGCAUUACAGCCACAAAUGUUGAAAGAAUGCAGGACGGAAUAUAUAAAUUUGUGAUGCAAAACCAAAAAUCUGAACCAGAAAUUCAGGACACAAGCUGUUUGUUGUAUUCUGAGUGUUGAGGGAAAUGUUGUGAACAAGCCUGUAGUGGAGAAGCUCUUGUGUGUUGUAUCUUCUCAUGAUAUUUGACAUGAAGAGAUUAUUAAUCAGAAAUUUUAAUUCUUAUAAAUUAUUUAAAAAUGAUAAAUAAUUUAUAAUAACCAUAAAUUAUAGAUUAUAAAUCGCAUGUCUAAUGUUCUUUGUAGAAACCGUGAAAUAAGGAAGGUAGCAGACAUUUCCACCGCUCAAAAUGUUUACGCGCAUCUGCGCUAAAGAAAAACAAAUUUUUAAAAAUUACUAUUUGUAUUUUUUAUUAGCGUCCAAAUUAUUCGCCUUUGAUUCAGACAACCUGGCCUUUUACGUUUUUGGCUGUUUUUCCUUUUUUGACAGUUUUCACUUGAACAAUUUUAGUGGCAGAAAUUUCGGUACAACCCUAAUAAAAAUAAUUAUUCUGAUAAAACCAUCAACUUCAAAUGUAAAAAUUAAGGUUAAAAUAGCAGUUUACAGUGGAAGUGUAUUCAUUCUCUCCCAUUAUAUGCUGUUGCCAUAUGGUAACAAUUAUAUUUUAGCCUUUUAUAUAAAACCCAUGAAUUCUGAACUGGUUUUAUUUUUGAAAAAGAAAUUGUCACCUCCCACAGAUUGUACUUAAUUUUUGUUUCUUAAACUUUGGAGGGAGGAGAGAGGGCUUCAGAGGCCUGGCCUCACCAUGUCAUGUGUUUAUGGAAAGUACAAACUGUGAUAAGAAGGCAUUUGAUUAAAUACCAUUUUUUUAUGGGCAAAAAAAAAAGGUCACUGUUGCCAUAUGGCAACGCUAUGCAGUAAAGGGUUAAUGUUUUGUCAACUUUCUGUAAUAUUGGUUUGUUUUGUCCACACCUGAUAGAUGUGAAGCGUGGAAAAUUCUCGGAAAGGCUUUUACUGUCCUGGUGGUCCAUCUGAAAUCUGAGAAGCGUUUUUUUUUUUCUUCUUGUUUUUAACAGGAAGGUAAAAUGAUACUGGUCACUACCUGCCCAGGGUCAUCACCAUGACAAAAGAGCUUGGUCAUGGAGUCUGUGCCCUAGAUAGAGAGUGACACACAUACACCAAAGAAACAAGCUACCCACACACAAAGUGAACUGGCGUCACAUACGUCCAAUUCAGGUUAAUUUAAAGUGACUUAAAUGAGCUUAGGAAACAAGACACCGCCUAACAGCCAAAUGACACAAUAUGGAAUGAAUCACGCCGUAUUCCUCCUCCAUCCCAUGAAAUAAAGUGGCUGAAAUGGGGAGGAGAAGGAAAAGGCCCGUAAAAGGGUAACAUGAACAAUUCUUGACAGGUUAAUGACGAUACGUGUAUAAUUUCUCAGGGGUUAUUUUAUAUGUGACACUGUCCAUCUCCAAAGGUCACUCUCCAAAGGUUACACAUGUCGUACAACAGAGGCCUUAUUAAGUACGGUGGUUUGAAGGAAGCAUUAGUUGAACUAAAACCAGAAAAAAGACAUUUUACCUCAGAUGGGGUUCACAUUGUAUGUGUCUUCAAUGGGACAGAUGCGAUUUGCUGCUUUUCAUGCUGACCACCUCACAUUUAAGCUUCAAAUAGUUUCGUGUUUUCUCAGCACUGACCCGUCAGAUCAAAGCUAAGACAGGCUUUCAGUGACAGCUGUAACGGAGGAGGGAUUUUAGUGUUUCAGUCGUGUACUGAAAGAAAUUAUCAUGACAUGAACCAAAAAAGGUGCUUUUAGCUUGUUUUCGCUAGCAGCACCAGGCUAGUUAAUAGUAGUCAGAGCCAUUACAUGAUUAAGUUUCAUGAUGCAGACCAGCCCACCCCAAACUCCCACUGUAUUUCCCCUGAGGAAACAAAAGGAAGGUGGAGAAGUUGCUAGCCAAUUGAACUUAGCUUGCUUUUUACAGGCUAACAGCUAGCUUAGCCGAGAAAAGCUACUUAACCGCUGUGUUCAAAUUAAGUUAGCUAACCGCUGUUUCUAAAAUCUGGGCACCUUAUCAUUUCCUACUCUUAUUUAUUUGCUAUUAUAAGAUAACUAAGUUAGCCAGCUAAUUAGCAAACUAAUGCUAGCUGGCUGAGGUCCUGUCAGCAUUUCCCAUCGUCAACCUGCUUGGAUACAUGUGAUAUUUCAGCACUUCACUGCGUCCUCAGGCUUUUUCUUCAUGACCUCUGGGCACCACAUUGUUUUCUUCUGUUUUUUUCACACUGCUAUCUUCGUAUGAUUUGCGUAUGAAAACCGCUACAUUGCUAAGUGAUAUGCUAAUCAGCUCCAGAACAAAUUUAAAUAAGCUAAGCUCUACCGACUCUACUAGACUCAGACUGACCAGUUAUAGUCAGCAAACUUAGAAGGCCACUGAUUUAACCCCUAAAUUAUUACAAAUGUAAUCUUGGUUGUAAUGUUUACAGUCUUUUAUUGUGUCAUACAUGGGUUUAUACACCGGUCAGCCGUAACAAUAAAACCACCUCCUUGUUUCUACACUCAUUGUCCAUUUUUAUCAGCUCCACUUACUAUAUAGGAGCACUUUGUAGUUCUACAGUUACAGACUGUAGUCCAUCUGUUUC